GGAUGGCCGCUCCCCAUCUCACUGCAUGUGUGAGAAAUGACAAGAUGGGGGAGGCCUCUGUCCUCCAAAAUCAGACCACGACGGCAACCCCGACGACCUCAUCACAGCCGAACCAAUCACAAGGCUACAAAACCCUGCGGAAGUGAGCAACAUGCCCCGAGCGAACACGCCAUCAGAGUCAAGCUACCCACCAGAACCCCCGCAAUCAUCCCAGAACAGGACAGAUCGGCGCCGCCGUACUCAAGGCACUGGCACGAACCACCGUUCCAACAACCGCCACCGCUCCCCCAACAAAGUCAGCACAGGAAAACACAGGAGGAGGAGGAAGGAUGGCAAGGAUAGUCACGGUCACCGCCACCAAUCCAGCGGGCGCCACCGUAGCCGCCACCGCUCGCCCACCAAGGGGCACGGCCGGUCACGCAGUGCAGACAACGCCCUGGACAGCCAUCAUCGAGGGCACCGCCGUGGUCGCUCUCCCGAACGGAAACACGGUCAGCACUCCUCCUCCAACCACCGUCACCACUCCCCCCGACGCUCACCGUACCGCUCGCCCAGGCGCUCGCCGUACCGCUCGCCCAGGCGCUCGCCGCACCGCUCGCCCAGACGCUCGCCUUACCGCUCUCCUCGCCGUCACAGGUCCCCCCACCGCUCUCGUUACAGCUCCCCUACCAGACGUCGCCACCACUCCUCAGAUCCUUACCGGUACAGCUCCCCGGAGAGACACGCCCGCAGCAAUGAGAAGCCUGUUUCYAACGAGCCAGCAUACGAUGACCCAGUCAGGACCCCUGAACCCAACGUCCUUUUUGAUGACAGCAUUCUGCAGGAGUCCCCGGCCCUGGACCGUCUGAACAGGGAAGCCACGCUUCCACCGCUGCAGAGAGAGGCUCGCCAGUAUGGAGAGAACAACCUGCUGAUGGGAUCCUCCACCAUGGAAAGGGCCUACAGAGGUGACCGACUGCUGAAGGACGUGCCGUCCCGCAGCAAGAUGGACCCUUACAGAGACACGACCCUGCCCAGGGUCCGCACCCCUGACUUCGAUUCAGCCUACGAGAAGUACAGCUCACUGUUGAGGGGACGCACGCCCGAUAUGAUCGAGAGGGAUGGGCGCCGUGCCAGCAGAGGUAGCACCCCUGAUCCUCAGUUCCGGUCUCGCAGCCUGGGACGAACCAUCUCCCCAGUUAAGUUCAGACAGGACGACUCMGAAGACGAAGAGGACGACGACAAUUUCGUAGCGGCUAAAUUGAGAGAGUACUACAGYACGGUCAAGUCCAACCCAAGUCGUCCAGCUAAGCUCGUGGUCCCUGAGCCCAAGAAGACCUACAAGGAUAAUCCCAAAGACCUGAGCAUCUGAUUGAAACCUACCCACACAACACCUCAGCUACUCACUUCCAUUACCAAUCGGUUUUACAAGAAUGAACCCAUUUAUGUAAACACGCUCACACACUUUAACAUGACACACACACACACACACACACACUGUA